AUGUCAAUACUAUCAAUUCUUGCUGGUACUAAUUAUCUAUAUGAUACAUCGGUUACAACUAGACAACAAAGAGCAAUUACUAAGGGUGAGGUACUACAUCACAAGAGAGUGGCACUCCAUCAAUCUAUCAUUCAACAAGUAACCGUUCAAGCUAUUUCAUCAACAUCUACAGAUUGUCAGCAAUCCGGUUUGUCAAAAAUAAACCUGCAAUUUUGUGCUGGUGCUACUAGUGGUGGUAGAGACACAUGUCAAGGUGAUAGUGGUGAUCCACUGAUGGCGUUUGUUAAUAAUACGUGGGUAUUAGCAGGACUAACAUCAUCCGGUGUUGGCUGUGCUCGACCUGGAUAUUCCGGCAUAUACACACGAGUGUCCGACUAUAUUCCGUUUAUUGAAGCAAAUGUUAGUUUCACAGGCAACGUUGGUGGAGAAGUACCAGCUGAUCAUGCAUGGGGUUGGAUGCUUUCUCUUCGAAAAUCGGGCUCACAUGCAUGCGGUGCAUGUCUUUUGACAUCUGAAUAUGAUAUAACAGUUGCUCAUUGUGUAAAAUCUGUAGUUAAUCCGCCGACAGUAUCAAUUCUUGCUGGUACUAAUUAUCUAUAUGAUACAACCAGUGUAACAGUGCAACAAAAAACAAUUACUAAGAUUAUCAUGCAUCCUAAUUAUAAUGAUACGACUGUCACGAAUGAUAUUGUUAUUCUUAAAUUCGCUUCACUGAAAAUAACAUCAAGUUUUAAACUUGCUUUUAUUUGUUUACCAAAACAAAAUCAAGAUCCAUUUCAAACCAAUCCGAACCUUGUAGCGAUAGGAUGGAGAACUACAUCACAAUAUAGUAACUCUCUAUCAAGCUAUCUCCGAUAA